UGUUAAUAUUAUUAAAUAUUAAAGUUAUUUUAAUUUACUUUUUAAUACUAGUUGCCAAGUUUCAAACUAAGAGAGUAUUUGUGAACAUGGAGAAUCUAACAGCCUAUAUUCAAUUGGGUUAUCAUAUCAGCUACGGAGGGAAAGAGCUCAAAACUCCAAUUAAGCUUGAUCAAAUAUUGACUGCGAGUUUCAGCUUUGUUAAGAUCUUUCAUUGAAUUGCUUGAUUGGUAAUCAAUCUCGAGUUUCUAACAAAAUAUCUCCGAUUUCUUUCUUAAUUGACAAUCAAUUCGAGUUUAUUUUUACUAAAUUUUGCGUUUGCUCUAAUGCAACCAAUUGAAGCCAUAUCUUCUGAGCCUGCUCAUAACUUCGCGAACCUUCUUUCAAAAUGCAUUCGAACUAAUGAUCUCAAGCUGGGGAGACUCAUACACUCGCAGCUGAUCAAGACGGCAUUAAAUUUUAACACAUUCCUCGCCAAUCGACUGGUUGACAUGUAUUCUAAAUGUAGCUCUGUAGAAUAUGCGCAACAGGCAUUUAAUGAAGUGUCAAACAAGAAUACCCAAUCUUGGAAUACAUUACUCUCGGCUUAUUGUAAAAAGGGGCUUUUUGGGAAAACCUUCCAGGUGUUCGAUGUAAUGCCCGAACCAAAUGUUGUGAGCUAUAACUCCAUUAUAUCUAGCUUAACUCAUCAUGGGUUUCCAGGAAAAGCUAUGGGAUUUUUCAGAAGAACGCGAAGACAAUGUGGGAAUGAGUUCUUGAUUGAUGAGUUUACAGUUGUUGGUGUGGUAAAUGCUUGCGCGUGUUUGGGUGUGUUGAGGUUGUUGCGUGAAUUGCAUGGGUUAGCGACUGUGAUUGGUGUGAGGUUUAAUCUUGUGGUUUGCAAUGCACUGAUUGAUGCUUAUGGGAAAUGUGGCAAACCCGAGUACUCAUAUUCUAUUUUCUGUCAAAUGCAUGAGUCUGAUGUAUUCUCCUGGACUUCGAUGUUGGUUGCGUAUAUACGUGCAUCUAGAUUGGAAGAUGCGUGCUCACUUUUUGAUAGCAUGCCGGUAAGAAAUGUGGUGGCUUUUACUGCUUUGAUCACGGGGUUUGCUCAGAAUGGAGAAGGAGAUAAGGCUCUGUGUAUUUUUAAGGAAAUGUUGGAAGAAGGUAUUAUACCCAGUGCAUCCACUUAUGUUAGUGUUCUAAGUGCUUGUGCAGACAUACCUAUUAUAGAAAAAGGGAAGCAGGUUCAUGGACACAUUUUUAGAUAUACGUGUUUAAUUGAUUUGCAUAAUGUGUUUGUAGUUAAUGCUUUGAUUGACAUGUAUUGUAAAUGUGGAGACAUGAUAUCUGCUAUGACAUUAUUUGAGAGGGUAGAUGGGAAGGAUCGAGUUACUUGGAACUCGAUAAUAAUUGGGUAUGCUCAAAAUGGGAAUGGGGAGAUGUCAUUGUUCAUGUUUGACAAAAUGAUUGAAGCAGGUACAAAACCAAAUCAUGUAACUUUUCUUGGGGUUUUAUCUGCCUGUAGCCACUGUGGUUUAUUAUCUGAAGGAUUCCACUAUCUUCAUUCAAUGGAGAGGGAAUACAGUAUAGUGCCCCAAUUAGAUCACUAUGGGAUCUUGAUUGAUUUACUUGGACGGAAGAAUAGGCUUCAGGAAGCUGCAGAAUUGAUCAAGGGAGCUCCUUGGGGAACAGACAAUAUUGGAAUGUGGGGCGCACUUUUGGGUGCUUGCAGGGUACAUGGGAACUUGAAACUGGCUAGAAGGGCAGCAGAAGCUCUAUUUGAGCUGGAACCUGAUAAUGCUGCCAGGUAUAUCAUGUUAUCCAACAUCUAUGCAGCAGCAGGAAGGUGGGAUGAUGCCCGCACUCUGCGAAGGUACAUGGAUAACAGAGGGUUGGUGAAAGAAACAGCUUAUAGUUGGAUUGAGAUAAACAAUAUUAGACAUAAGUUUGUCGCUAAAGACAAGUCCCACAGCCGGUCAGAAGAAAUAAAAGAGCUGCUACUUAAACUCUUAGAUCCAAUGAAGGAUGCUGGAUACAUAUUUCAUAUUGGAAGUUCAUACUUUCUCGAAGAUGAUGCAUUUUCUUGAUAUGAUUGAAAGAGGUUGUAACCGUGUUCAAAGCUUUCUAAUUUAACAAUUAAUGAUGAGCUCUGGUGCAAAUCCGUUCUGCUGAAAUUUUGGUAAAAGAAAAAAGUGGGAGACAAAUUUUGUCUUUCGAGAUAUUGUCUCUCAUUUUAAAGAUAGAAACAUGACCAUAACAUGCUAGGCGCUAUAGUACAGUCCUUGCUGCUCGAAGUUUGAGAGAUAUUGAUGUUAUGAGCAGCAGAUGGAUCCAUUAUUAGUAUGCAGGUUGCUAUAUCUGCAUUCUUUGACUUAAGCGCAAAACCAGUCUACUUAAAGUUUACAACAGCAGUAUUAAGAAGCUGGGAUAGGUUAACAGCCAAAUAUAAAAUCAAGGGCAAGAAUAUUCAGAAGGUAACACGUGGCACAAGACAGCUCUUAGAAGUUCCACCACCUUUUAAUUUCGUUCUUCGAAUCCAGCAAAGAUUGCCUGAUAGGUUUUCUUUAAACUGAGGAAACAACUGGUUCUUUGGGAUUUAAGACGAGGAUCUUUUAAGGCAUGAGGGACCAUUCGCUGAGGUGAGUAAAGGAAUUGAGGCAUCAAAAGCCUAUGUUAUGUUCUAUAAGCUGCCCCUGUUAACUGUUUGUUCUCAGUCAAGCAUCCAUUGGAAGGGGAAAAAAAGGCUAUUUGUAGGCAAUCCUUAAAUGCUGCUCCCCUCCUCCAUUGCUCUUCACCUCCUACAAAAUCUACAAUGCCGAUCUAGUAGAACUGGCAGUGGUUCAUGACAGGAGCCCGGAGUUGCUCAACAAGCUGAAGGUUGCCUUGGAGAAGAGAGAUUAAAGCAAGAAGCUCAAUUUGCAUAAUUGGAGAGAAGUCCGGAGCAAUGUAAAUAGGCAGAGACAAUACACAAUUGGCUAGACGUGGAGAGCAAACAAUUGUGAGAACGGACCUACAGGUGAAGGAACGAGCUAAGAAAAGUUUAGCUCUGAUACCAUAUGAAAAAAUUGAGCAUCCUCAUCAAAAUUUAAGGCUAUAGGUGGAGUAGGCUGCGAGUAUAAUCAAUAACCUUUAUACAUCUUGAUGUGAUGUUUUAAUCUUCACACAUUCUAUUUUUUUUCAACUCGUUUCUAAUGAAUCUUAAUUUUCUAAAUGGCAUAUUCUUUAAUGGCAUGCCAUUAAUCCCUUAUGUACAAGUGGUGCAUCUAUUUUGGUUCUUUAUAAAUAUCACUAAACAUAAAAAGUCUUUCGUGUUUCAAAAAAUGGACACUUUUUUAGUCCUAAGCUAAUCAUAAACCCUAAAACUAACAGAAAAAGGACUAUUGUAUAAUAGAGGAGUAGAAAAAUGGUCAACACCCACUAAGCUUUGGCAUUUUUCGUGCCUUGAUAUCCUUUGAAUAAAUCUCCAACACUAUAUGAAAAUUUGAAAACAAUAGUAUAAUGAACGCAGCAGCCAUGACGUUUUUUAGUUU